UGGCUGAGUUACGGCGGAGCGAUAUUAUUUCUGUAAGACAAAGAGAUGCGUUAAAUCGGGAGAGAGAGAGCCAUGAAUAGUGUGUGAGCCGAGACGUAUGUCACAUAGUAGGCCUAAUGGACUUCUUUGUAUAAAACACGAAAUUUAACCCCAAAUAUAAUAACGUUAGGAUCAAUCACUGAACACUUCAACGGAAUUAAAGUCUGGGAGAACAUGGAGAAGAAACGGUGGGAGUGCUCGGCUCUCCCCAAGGGCUGGCAAAUUGAAGAAGUGACCAGAAAGUCGGGUUUGUCUGCGGGGAAAAGCGAUGUCUAUUAUUAUAGGUACUGAGCGGGCAGUAUUUCAAGAGGGUUAGGGCUGAAUGGGUUUACUUGAGGGAGGAGGAGGAGGAGGGGGUGGGUGACCAGGAGACAGAAAGUUGGGGAGGGGUGUAGCCGAUGUUAGGCUACUCUUUAUAAAUUGUUGGAUAUGGAGCUUGUAAACCAAUGUUUAGCCUAUGUAGGCCUAACAGCCUGUCAAUCAGCUAGGGAGCAGGCCUAAUGCAACAAUGUUAGGUUAUCUGAAUGAUCGCAUCCCAAAUAGCCUAGCCUGAAUCCAGAUCCAUGCUAUAACCUAUAUAUAGCCUAGUCUUAUCCUUUUAUAUGACCGGAGCAACAAUCAAGAAACUACAAGCUGUCCUUUUUUUAGCCGAGGUAAGGAAGAAGAAGAAGAGGAGGAGGAGAGGCGAGAAAGGGGGGAGGCGGGUCGGUUGUAUAGUUUGUGGUAGGCUACCAUAUACCGAAUUUUCAUUCUGUGGUGUGAUGCACGCACGCACGCAACUUGCAAUUGUUGUCAAUUUUUUUUUACAUUAAUUAUCAGCAAGCACGGACGUUUCCAUAGUUUGGUAAUCAUUCAUAGUUUUCCAUUUUUAGAAAAUCAUCAUGCAUCAAAAUAAACUGCAUCAAUAUGCCUACUUAUUUGAAAUAGAAAUGCUGCCCCAGUAUCUGUGCGUUAAGGCGUCAGCAUACUUCAGAUCGGCUGGCGGCUAGCCGAACCGAACGAGUUUGCUCGCAUACUCCCUUAAAAGACCUUCGCUUGAAAAACUAGAAAAAGCGUCAAUAGUACUGUUUGUCCAUUUUGCGACGCCGUAGCCACUAUACACUUCAAAAUAGUCCUAAUUAAUCUAAGGUAACUCAAAAAAUCGGUCAUUAAUUUUAUCUUCGUCGCGCAAUUUUGAUGUUUGGUUCAGUAUUCUUCAGUGAAAAACUGCAUGAAACGAGUGGUCUCUUGUUCAAUGACAACAAAGACUUUAUUGAAGAAUCCCUACUGUUGACCAAUCACUGAUGAAGGGUUGUAGACUUCAGCUCUGAACUUCGGUUUACCUCCAGAAAAAUGCCCAAACAGCGGAAAAACCCGUCAGCAAAGUCCAAAACGAACAAAAACGUCACAAAAUGUCGUCAUAAUAUAUGCACGACCUCUACCGAACUGUUUUGGCUGGGAAGCAUGCAGAUGCAUUUAGAGAUGCCUUUAAAGAUGUUGAUGAUGAGUAUUACAUCGUGGCGUGUUUCAUUAAGCCAUAUGUCAUCUUCACGGAGUCUUGCCCUGCUACUGAACAGACAAGUUUAGCAAAUUUGUGAUAAUGCGGAGCUGGUGUUUGGAGGAUAUAUUGGCACGAUGUUCGUCUCGGGCAGGCAAACCGUGCCAAUAUAUCAUCAGAACACCGGCUUCUGGGGCAUUAUCACUUUUAUACAACGGGUUGCCAACAUAUUCAAAUAAUAAUUGACAUAUUUUAAUUAAUAACUUUUUUUUUUUUUUUCUCUCGGUUCAGUUGCCAGAGUCAUUAAGUCUUUAUUUUCUAAAUCUAUGGAUGCGACCCAGUCGUUCGUUCUAAAUGUUCCAUUGCAAUGAUGGCUGGCUAUGUUCUUAUCCCUUGCUUGCAAGCUAGCCAACUUUGGCUAACAGUCACGUCAAACAGUGCAGCCAGAAUAACAGGAAAGUAGCUUCAUUUGCGUUUAAACUGUAUUCUAAUGAUUUUUUGGGGGAUACAUCCAUAACAAUAAGCUAAUGAUGUGCGGUUUCGCCUGGCAUAGAACAUUUGCUCUCUCGCCAGGCCACUGUUCAGAAGAGAUGGCCAACGCAAUCACUUCAAACUGAACCUGGAAUGACAGCAAACUAGCUGCAUUUCGUGUUCUUCUAUUUAGAUUUUAGUCAUUUAGCAGACGCUCAUAUCCAGAGCGAUUUUCAGGAGCAAUUAGGGUUAAGUGCCUUGCUCAAGGGCGCAUCGACAGACUUUUCACCUAGUCGGCUCGGGGAUUAGAACCAGCGACCUUUCGCUUACUGGCACAACGCUCUUAACCACUAAGCUACCUUCACUAAGCUACCUGCCGCCCCUAUUUCUAUUGUCAUGAUGCUGAUUCAUGAUUUCGACUGGCUGAGAAAAGCUGCCAGCCCGUCUGUCUCCUCCCGACACGUUCAUUACCAUCGGACAGCUGGAGAUCGAAUUGUAAGAUUGAAACAAUGUAGCAAAUGUCGGAGAGAUAGACUGCAUGGUUAUUACAAAUCUACGCUGUUGAAAACCAAAUGCUAGUCUAAAAGAAAUGGAAGAUAAUAUCUAGAUGCUUUUUACAGUGUAGAUCUAGUAUAUAAAUUGCCUGGCUGAGCUGAUGAGACAGUGGAUUGCGGAGUCAGAUGGAACAGAGUAAAUAGGCAUUUUAAUGUAAUAGAUUUAGUUGGUGGUAACUUCUGGAAUAGGCACCGGCUGGAAUGAUCGCAUUUAUUUAGGGAGAUUGCAAAAUAUGACAUUUUCAUUCAAGACAAGAUAAAUAUAUUGUUUCAGGUGAUAAUAAAACAUGUUUUGUUUAGUUACGUUUUCCUCAACUUGUUUAUCUAACUUUAUAGCAAGUCAAAGUAGCUUGCACUGCAGAGCAGCUAGCUAGCUAAAAGCUAGGCUUGGUUGAAGAUACCGUUGUAGCUAGCGACCUCCACCUAAUAAUUAUAAUAAAAAACAAAAGUCAUUAGCGUUACAAUAAACUUCAACUGGAGGCAACAGUCAUAUAAUAUAAUUGGCUGAACAGCAAAUGUGUAUUAUUUAACAUUACUAUUAAAAUACUACUAACUUGUAAACAAUUACCCAUUCCUAUAAAUUGCACGCUAUCCCAUCACCAGAUAUUUUCAUCUUCUGUGGUUUGGUAACUUCCUGUUCUUUGACAGACUCUGUCUGGACUGUUCUUAUUAUAGCUCAGUGGGCUGGAUUGAAGAUUAUGCAAAAUGUGAAAAAUAUGAAAGUAUGCGGCAGCCUUCAACCGCAAGGGGGUGUUGAGUUUUCACUCCGUUGUGGAUGUCCCCAUUGAAAUGCAUGACAUGUGGCGCAACGUAACGGCGUGCUUAUGGGUAAUGUGAACGAGGCAUACCGCUCAGGAAGCUCUGAUUCAAACUCCCAUUACACAGCUCUGCAAGCGUUAUGUCAAAAUAAGUUUGUUACUCACCAAAUAUGGGGUUUCACAGAGCAACUAUCUCCAUUUACUCACGUUACGGCCGCUAUGUACUUCCAAAAAAGGUCUGCCCCAUAGAAAUUGAUACUCUUUGCUAUAAUAACCAGUUAUAUUGCUAAUUUACCAAGGCCUUUGUCCACAGAUUUAAGAUUCAGAUUAAAUGAGGCCUGCCGUUCUGUCCACUUUGUCUAGGACCAGUGAACAUUAACUCUGAAACAAUAUUUCCAAUUGAACUUUAGGAAAUGUUGCAAAAUGUAAUGCACUUGAUCACCCCUACCACUCCUUAUAGAACAUAUCAGUUAAGCCAUCUUAAACUCUAAGGCCUAUAAUUUUAAUGGCGAAUUGGUUAUACAUUUGGGAAUAUGCUACAAUACAUGAAAACAUAUUCUACUGCUUAAAUAGUUUAUUACAAUUAGCUACACACAUUAAAUUGGUCUUAAAAAUAUGUAUUUUAUUGUUAAAUAAGUGAAUGAAAUGCUAAUGCGAAGACUCAUUGUUCACACUCUGAUUCCAUACCAUUAUACAUGAAUAAUCUGAUAUCUGAAUAGUUCAUGCAUCUGUAGUCUCCUUUGUGGUGUUGGCUCUUGCAUGGUCUUGUUUUACAUUUUCUCAUGUCUACAGUUUUUCUGCAGCAUAAAAUGUGUUUGUUGCAGAUUUUUAGUUGCUUUCCUGAUUUAUCUCGCUGCUUUUCUCCUCUUGCUAUCCCCUGGUCAGUUGUCCAUAUCCUCACACUGUGGUCUGUUGUCCUUUACCUCUUCUAGUCCAACCGGGAAGAAGUUUCGGAGCAAGCCUCAGCUGGCUCGUUACCUUGGCAACCAGAUGGACCUUAGCUCCUUCGACUUCCGCACAGGGAAGAUGCUCAUGAGUAAACUGAACAAGAACAGGCAGAGACUGCGCUAUGACAACAACAAUCAGACCAAGGUGAGAGGGUUGUCUUCUGAAAUAAUAUUUCUAGACACGUAGGACACACUCUUCUAAACGACUGCACCCUUAUUUGUUGUCAAACCAGCAGUUAGAAAGAAGAAUGCUGAAAAAUGUGUUACAAGGCUUUUCCCCAGGCGCUAAGGAUAACUGACAUACACUACCAGUCAAAAUUUUGGACACCUACUCAUUCAAGGGUUUUUCUUUAUUUUUACUAUUUUUUACAUUGUAGAAUAAUAGUGAAGACAUCAAAACUAUGAAAUAACACAUAUGGAAUCAUGUAGUUACCAAAAAAGUGUUUAUCAAAAUAUAUUUCAUAUUUGCGAUUCUUCAAAUAGCCACCCUUUGCCUUGAUGACAGCUUUGCAAACUCUUGGCAUUCUUUCAUCCAACUUCAUGAGGUAGUCACCUGGAAUGCAUUUCAAUUAACAGGUGUGCCUUCUUAAAAGUUGAUUAGUGGAAUUUCUUUCCUUCUUAAUGCAUUUGAGCCAAUCAGUUGUGUUGUGACAAGGUAUACAGAAGAUAGCCCUAUUUGGUAAAAGACCAAGUCCAUAUUAUGGCAAGAACAGCUCAAAUAAGCAAAGAGAAACAACAGUCCAUCAUUACUUUAAGACAUGAAGGUCAGUCAAUACGGAAAAUGUCAAGAACUUUGAAAGUUUCUUAAAGUGCAGUCGCAAAAACCAUCAAGCGCUAUGAUGAAACUGGCUCUCAUGAGGACCGCCACAGGGAUGGAAGACCCAGAAUUACCUCUGCUGCAGAGGAUAAGUUCAUUAGAGUUACCAGCCUCAGAAAUUGCAGCCCAAAUAAAUGCUUCACAGAGUUCAAGUAACAGACACAUCUCAACAUCAACUGUUCAGAGGUGACUGUGUGAAUCAGGCAUUCAUGGUCAAAUUGCUGUAAAGAAACCACUACUAUUAAAUCAAGUCUAAUUUUAUCUGUCACAUGCGCCAAAUACAACAGGUGUAGGUAGACCUUACAUUGAAAUGCUUACUUACAAGCCCUUAACCAACAAUGCAGUUUUAAGAAAGAAUACCUAAAAGAUAAAAAUACUAUAAAUAAAAGUAACAAAUAAUUAAAGAGCAGCAGUAAAAUAACAAUAGCGGGGCUAUAUACAGGGGGUACCUGUACCGAGUCAAUGUGCGGGGGCACCGGUUAGUCGAGGGAAUUGAGGUAAUAUGUACAGUUGAAGUCGGAAGUUUACAUACACUUAGGUUGGAGUCAUUAAAACUCGUUUUUCAACCACUCCACACAUUUCUUGUUAACAAAUUAUAGUUUUGGCAAGUCGGUUAGGACAUCUACUUUGUGCAUGACACAAGUCAUUUUUCCAACAAUUGUUUACAGACAGAUUAUUUCACUUAUAAUUCACUGUAUCACAAUUCCAGUGGGUCAGAAGUUUACAUACACUAAGUUGACUGUGACUUUAAACAACUUGGAAAAUUCCAGAAAAUGAUGUCAUGGCUUUAGAAGCUUCUGAUAGGCUAAUUGACAUCAUUUAAGUCAAUUGGAGGUGUACCUGUGGAUGUAUUUCAAGGCCUACCUUCAAACUCAGUGCCGCUUUGCUUGACAUCAUGGGAAAAUCAAAAGAAAUCAGCCAAGACCUCAGGAAAAAAAUUCUAGACCUCCACAAGUCUGGUUCAUCCUUGGGAGCAAUUUCCAAACGCCUGAAGGUACCACGUUCAUCUGUACAAACAAUAGUACGCAAGUAUAAACAGCCGUCAUACCGCUCAGGAAGGAGACACGUUCUGUCUCCUAGAGAUGAACGUACUUUGGUGCAAAAAGUGCAAAUCAAUCCCAGAACAACAGCAAAGGACCUUGUGAAGAUGCUGGAGGAAACAGGUACAAAAGUAUCUAUAUCCACAGUAAAACAAGUCCUAUAUCGACAUAACCUGAAAGGCCGCUCAGCAAGGAAGAAGCCUAAAACUGCUCCAAAACUGCCAUAAAAAAGCCAGAAUACGGUUUGGAACUGCACACGGGGACAAAGAUCAUACUUUUUGGAGAAAUGUCCUCUGGUCUGAUGAAACAAAAAUAUAACUGUUUGGCCAUAAUGACCAUCGUUAUGUUUGGAGGAAAAAGGGGGUAGCUUGCAAGCCGAAGAACACCAUCCCAACCGUGAAGCACAGGAGUGGCAGCAUCAUGCUGUGGGGGUGCUUUGCUGCAGGAGGGACUGGUGCACUUCACAAAGUAGAUGGCAUCAUGAGGAUGGAAAAUUAUAUGGAUAUAUUGAAGCAACAUCUCAAGACAUCAGUCAGGAAGUUAAAGCUUGGUCGCAAAUGGGUCUUCCAAAUGGACAAUGACCCCAAGCAUACUUCCAAAGUUGUGGCAAAAUGGCUUAAGGACAACAAUGUCAAGGUAUUGGAGUGGCCAUCACAAAGCCCUGACCUCAAUCCUAUAGAACAUUUGUGGGCAGAACUUUUAAAGCGUGUGCGAGCAAGGAGGCCUACAAACCUGACUCAGUUACACCAGCUCUGUCAGGGGGAAUGUGCCAAAAUUCACCCAACUUAUUGUGGGAAGCUUGUGGAAGGCUACCCAAAAUGUUUGACCCAAGUUAAACAAUUUAAAGGCAUUGCUAUCAAAUACAAAUUGAGUGAAUGUACACUUCUGACCCACUGGGAAUGUGAUGAAAGAAAUAAAAGCUUAAAUAAAUCAUUCUCUCUACUAUUAUUCUGACAUUUCACAUUCUUAAAAUAAAGUGGUGAUCCUAACUGACCUAAAACAGGGAAUUUUUACUAGGAUUAAAUGUCAGGAAUUGUGAAAAACUGAGUUUAAAUGUAUUUGGCUAAGGUGUAUGUAAACUUCCGACUUCAACUGUACAUGUAGGUAGAGUUAUUAAAGUGACUAUGCAUAGAUAAUAAACAGAGAGUAGCAGCAGCGUAAAAGAGGGGAGGGCAAUGUAAAAAGUCUGCGUAGCCAUUUGAUUAGAUGUUCAGCAGUCUUAUGGCUUGGGGGUGGAAGCUGUUUAGAAGCUUGGCACUCCGGUACCGCUUGCCGUGCGGUAGCAGAGAGAACAGUCUAUGACUAGGGUGGCUGGAGUCUUUGACAAUUUUUAGGGCCUUCCUCCUGGAUGGCAGGAAGCUUGGCCCCAGGGAUGUACUGGGCCGUACGCACUACCCUCUGUAGUGCCUUGCGGUCGGAGGCCGAGCAGUUGCCAUAUCAGGCAGUGAUGCAACCAGUCAGGAUGCUCUCUGGUGCAGCUAUAUAAACUUUUUUAGGAUCUGAGGACCCAUGCCAAAUCUUUUCAGUCUCCUUAGGGGGAUAGGUUUUGUCGUGCCCUCUUCACGACUGUCUUGGUGUGCUUGGACCAUGUUAGUUUGUUGGUGAUGUGGACACCAAGGAACUUGAAGCUCUCAACCUGCUCCACUACAGCCCUGUCGAUAAGAAUAGGGGCGUGCUCGGUCCUCUUCUUUUUCCUGUAGUCCACAAUCAUCUCCUUUGUCUUGAUCACGUUGAGGGAGAGGUUGUUGUCCUGGCACCACACAGCCAGGUCUCUGACCUCCUCCCUAUAGGCUGUCUCGUCGUUGUCGGUGAUCAGGCCUACCACUGUUGUGUCAUCGGCAAUCUUAAUGAUGGUGUUGGAGUUGUGCCUGGCCAUGCAGUCAUGAGUGAACAGGGAGUACAGGAGGGGACUGAGCACGCACCCCUGAGGGGCCCCCGUGUUGAGGAUCAGUUGGCGGAUGUGUUGUUACCUACACUUACCACCUGGGGGUGGCCCGUCAGGAAGUCAAGGAUCCAGUUGCAGAGAGAGGUGUUUAGUCCCAGGGUCCUUAGCUUAGUGAUGAGACACCAAUAAGGGGAGGUGUUUAAUCCCAGAGACACCAAUAAAGGGAGGUAUUUAGUCCCAGGGUCUUUAGCUUACUAAAAGACACCAAUAAGAAGAAGCGACCUGCUUGGGCCAAGAAACACGAGCAAUGGACAUUAGACCGGUGGAAAUUUGUCCUUUGGUCUGGAGUCCAAAUUGGAGAUUGUUGGUUUCAACCACCGUGUCUUUGUGAGACGCGGUGUGGGUGAACGGAUGAUCUCUACAUGUGUAUUUCCCACUGUAAAGCAUGGAGGAGGAGGUGUUAUGGUGUGGGGGUGCUUUGCUGGUAACACUGUCUGUGAUUUAUUUAGAAUUCAAGGCACACUUAACCAGCAUGGCUACCACAGCAUUCUGCAGCGAUAUGCCAUCCCAUCUGGUUUGGGCUUAGUGGAACUAUCAUUUGUUUUUCAAUAGGACAAUGAUUCAACACACCUCCAGACUGUGUAAGGGCUAUUUUACCAACAAGGAGAGUGAUGGAGUGCUGCAUCAGAUGACCUGGCCUCCACAAUCCCCCGACCUCAACCCAACUUAGAUGGUUUGGGAUGAGUCGGACCGCAGAGUAAAGGAAAAGCAGCCAACAAAUGCUCAGCAUAUGUGGGAACUCCUUCAAGACUGUUGGAAAAGCAUUCCAGGUGAAGCUGGUUGAGAGAAUGCCAAGAGUGUGCAAAGCUGUCAUCAAGGCAAAGGGUGGCUAUUUGAAGAAUCUCAAAUAUAAAAUAGAUUUGGGUCUGUUUAACAGUUUUUUGGUUACUACAUGAUUCCUAAUGUGUUAUUUCAUAAUUUUGUUAUUCUACAAUGUAAAAAAUAGUAAAAAUAAAGACAAAACCUGGAAUGAGUAGGUGUGUCCAAACUUUUGACUGGUACUAUAUAUCUAGUACUUUCUAGUAUUUGAGGAACAUCUCUGUGGCUACAUAGUGUUGGUUGUCACUGUCAGCUGUUUCUUUGUGCGUGUCUUCCAGGGCAAGCCAGACCUGAACACAUCACUCCCCGUCAGACAGACUGCUUCCAUCUUUAAGCAGCCUGUCACCAAGGUUACUAACCACCCCAGCAACAAAGUCAAGACAGAUCCACAGAAAGCCGUGGACCAGCCGAGACAGGUAAACACAGCCAUUAGCCUGUAUGGUGUAAACUGCAGUUACAUUGGGUUAUAUGCUUUUAUUCCUGAAGGUUAUUUUGACUAAUGAGAGACCAAAUCUAAAUUCAUUUGUAUUUGUUUUGUCCACAGCUUUUCUGGGAGAAGAAGCUCGGUGGUCUCAAUGCGUUUGACAUCGCAGAGGAGCUAGUGAAGACAAUGGACCUGCCUAAAGGUCUGCAAGGUAAGAGAAAGAGCCAUGUUCACUGCGUGUACAACACAUUAGGAACUGACCAUGUGAAUCUAGGUGAAAGCUAUUGUGCAACACAAUAUUAGGAAGGUGUAUAUUUGUGUAUAUUUCCCAUUUCCCACACAGUGUAUAUUUCCCAUUAGAUUUUUGAAUGUCUUCUCACUUCUGUGAUUGUGACCACCUGUCUGUCAUAUAGGAGUUGGACCUGGAUGUACAGACAAGACUCUACUGUCAGCGAUAGCCAGCGCCCUGCACACCAGUGCAGCCCCCAUCACCGGUCAGCUGUCUGCAGCCGUGGAGAAGAACCCAGGGGUGUGGCUCAACACGACCCAGCCCCUCUGCAAGGCCUUCAUAGUCACUGACGAGGACAUCAGGUACAUACAGGAGAGGACAUGCUAUGAAGAAUUGAAUCUGAGUAAUUAAGAGCUGAUAACUUUGUUUUCCCAUGCUGUUUAGCUCAAUUUCAGUCCAUAUCUUUAAUAGUUGUAUUUGUAUGUUAUCUCAUCAUGGUGAGUGUAGGAAGCAGGAGGAGCUGGUGUACAGUGUGAGGAAGAAGCUGGAGGAGGCUCUAAUGGCGGACAUGUUGGCUCAUGUGCAGGAAGCAGCCAGCGAGGGCGACUCACUCGAUGAAGGCAAUGACGACAUGGAGACUGUAUAGCAGAGGUAGGCUACUGUACAGAGAGACUGUAGCAGAGGUAGGCUACUGUACAGAGACUAUAGCAGAGGUAGGCUACUGUACAGAGAGACUGUAUUGCAGAGGUAGGCUACUGUACAGAGAGACUGUAUAGCAGAGGUAGGCUACUGUACAGAGAGACUGUAUAGCAAAGGUAGGCUACUGUACAGAGAGACUGUAUAGCAGAGGUAGGCUACUGUACAGAGAGACUGUAUAGCAGAGGUAGGCUACUGUACAGAGAGACUGUAUAGCAGAGGUAGGCUACUGUUCAGAGAAACUGUAGCAGAGGUAGGCUACUGUACAGAGAGACUGUAUAGCAGAGGUGGGCUACUGUACAGAGAGACUGUAUAGCAGAGGUAGCCUACUGUACAGAGAGACUGUAUAGCAGAGGUAGGCUACUGUACAGAGAGACUGUAUAGCAGAGGUAGGCUACUGUACAGAGAGACUGUAUAGCAGAGGUAGGCUACUGUACAGAGAGACUGUAUAGCAGAGGUAGGCUACUGUACAGAGAGACUGUAUAGCAGAGGUAGGCUACUGUACAGAGAGACUGUAUAGCAGAGGUAGGCCACAGUGUCAGUGUUGUUGAAACAUGGGAGAGACCUUGCACACUGUUGAAAAAGAAGAAUAAAUCCAAGACUGAGGCUUAAAUGCAAAAAUAUUGAUGUUUGACACUGAUGAUGGCUUGAUGCCGAAACAUUUGUGCUCUGUUUUUCACCUUUUAAUUUAUGCACAAUGAACAUUUGGGCAUCAUGAUGUCCCAAUAAAACAUCUCUAUUUUUACAUUUAAGCCUCAGUUUUGGAUAUAUUCCUUUUUCUUAUUUUUACCUUUUAUUUUGACAGGGAGUCAAUGCUGAGACCAAGGUCUCUUUUCCAAAUGAUCUCUGUUUACCACAACAAUAUACAUGAAAAUACAAUCAAGAUCCUAUUUUUCGAGAGUGUCGGGGUCUCCAUCUCUUCCAGUAUUCUCAUUUUGAUAACUACGCUCCUGGAACAGACACUAUUUGGUUUAAAGGACCUUUAAAGUGCGCAGACGGCCGGCCUCCUGUUGUUCAAAGUACAUACGCUGCUGCUGUUUAUUAUCUAUCCUGAUGCCUAGUCACUUUACCCAUACCUAUAUGUAGAGAUCUACUGCAAUUACCCCAUACCCCUACACAUCGUAUUUAUUCCUCAUGUUAUUAUUUUUCCACGUUUCUCUCUGCUUUGUUGGGAAGGGCCCGGAAGUAAACAUUUCAAUAUAGGUCUACACCUGUACACAAUUGUAUUUUAUUUGUAAAAUGGUUGUUCAGGCUUGUACAGCAUUUAUGGGCUCCCCCCAGUUUCUCAAUAGAUUAAAUUCAGAGCUGCAAAUCAUGCCACCCAAGGGAUGUGAUAUGACACAUUUUAUAAUUUGAUUUACAAUCUGUAUUUGUUAAGCUAUUUCAACAAACCUCUAUCUUUAUCCUCUGUUCCAGGGUGAUGGGGUGUUAUAGAGUAGUCUGGAUGGGUUUUCAACUCCUUCUCACAGGACAAUGAAACCCGGAACCCUGUACCAAUCCAACCAAAAGAACUGCCCACUUUCUACCCAUCCCCUUCCACGUGCUACCCCUCUGAAGCUGUGCCUACCUACUGCCCAGCCCGCCCACUGUUUGGGCUCUUCUGGCACCAGCACUAGGAAAGGACUUGGACUGAGCAAUUCUGAAUCAAAUUGGUUAUUAGCGAAAUUAGCUUUCUUUUGAAAAAGAGAGCAUCAAAUAACAUUUUGGCGGUGCAGAGUGAAAGAGAUCGGUUACAUACAGUAUGAUGAUGAAUUCAGUGUUCAAUUCUUUUUUUACAAUACAUUUUAUGGAUUUGCUGAAUGUGAGUUAUAUAUUGUCAUUGUCAACCCCCCCCCCCCCCCCAAAAAAAAAAAACAUGUUUUAAAUGAAUUUGGGUAUUUUGAAUUAGAAGUUAAUUCUGUUUUUUCCAUGGGUUUUUCUUUCUGGGUUUCUAAUG